UUUUCAUUGGCAAGAAACCACAUACCGAAGAAAAGAAAACAGUAGUAUUAUUUAAUGUAUUUUAGUGUAUUUAUCGCAAACUAUGUAUGUAAAAUAGUUUUAACCCAUUCAAAUAAGAAGGUAAUAUAGAAAUUGUUGAGAAUGGCUGAAAACAAACCCAUUUUACACGAGUUAUAUGUAUUUUCUGAAUGGAAACCUGAGCCAGAAUAUUUGCAAAAACCUGACAAUAUAUUACCAGAGAAUAUAUCAAGUUUGUGGCGAUGGUUAAAAUUUUUUGGCCCAAAAAAGAGUUUGAUAGACAGUGUUACUGCGCACUUAGAGAAGCAGCAGAAGUGGCAUAUAGCACUAGGUGAUGAGGGAAAAGUUAUUGCGGUUCUCACAGAUAACAUAUUGGAGAUUAGAACCAAAAGGUCUGAGUAUGCUACCAUUGCAGCACGGACUACAGUUUCCAGAGAUGGUUAUUCCCAAUGGAGGAAGUUGGUUUGGAGUCCUGACUGUUCAUUUAUAGUUGUGGCCUACGGCAAUGGAGUUGUUAGCUUUUUUGAUCUCACUGCUUCCAAUCUUUUCAACAUACCAGUUGAUUGCUCGAGACCUGGAGGCUUGGAAUGUACAGAUAAUACUCACGCAGUUUCGGCCAUUGUUUUUAGGCCGCUAAGAGUUAAAGAUACGAAAUGGAACUGGGAAGUGCUUGUGGUGACAUACGACGGCAAACUGCGCGGCUACCUCGUGUCCCAGACGGACGGGUUCAAGCUACACCACUCGUUCCACUUCCCCGGGGGAGUGGCCGCAGCGUCGUACUGCGAACCGCACGCCACGCUCUACGUCGCAGGUGUCCCGAGAGCGCCUCACAAGGAUCCCUCGUCCCCAGUGAGUGCCGGUAUUACAGCGUGGAGGCUGCUGAACGACGAGCCGUUUUAUAAGCUAUCAGUGGUCUCCGACGAGCUGGAAGCGCAACUUGCCAACGAGCGGUUCCACCUCUACAUGCCAUUUGUUUUCCCAACGAACAUGAACUUUAUAAUCCGCAUGGCGACGUCACCGGACAACAGUAAGCUGGUGUGCAUCCAUUGCAACGGCGAUAUCUCAGUGUGGCGGCUGCCCGUGCUGAAGGCGGAGCGGCGCUUCCGGCUUGCGGAACAGCCUCAGCACGCGUUACAGAACCCGCUCACUCCCGACCAGGGGCCCAAAGACUCGUCCCUCUACCUACCUGCCGAUGUCAACUGGUGGAGCAACGAGGAGGUCAUCGUGUCGCGGUUUAGUGGCGCGGUGUCGGUGUGCGGAAUCAAAGACAUGCUAAACAUUCUCGGCAAGAAACCGGAGUUUUUUCAAGGAACACCAAAGCUGACUUGCGCGCACGACGGUGCUUUCAUGGCCUUGGAGUGCGAGUCCAAUGUUUUGCCAGCGAGAAAGUCAAGAAGUGACGAAUCUAUGGAAGUAGUCCAAGCAGAAGCGGCGUUGGAAGAUUCAAUGCUGGAAGUAGCGAAGGAGCUGUUCAAGUCGGUACUGUUCGCGAUCACCGACAUGGAGACGUUCCAGCCGAAGCCGAAGAAGAUCACCGUGGUCUCCAGGAUUUACAGGCUUCUGGGAGUAAAGAGUACCACGCCUACCGAAUUGUUCUCUAGAAAGAUCGAAAGCGGUAAAUAUACAGAAGCGUUGAUGUUGGCCGAGGCCUUCGACCUGGACAGCGAUCUGGUGUACCAGCAGCAGUGGCGAAAGAACCCCGUCUCUACCGAUGCCAUACAGAACUACUUGAGUAAAGUAUCAAAGAAGAUCUGGGCAGUGCAUCAGUGCGUGGACCGUUUGCCCGAAAGCUUGCAAGCCGCCGAAGAGCUCUUGCACUUCGGCUUGGAACUCACCAACGAGAAAAUAUUGGAUGAAAUCAACAAGGACCUGUCCGAAGACGAGUGGAAGGAUCCAGACAGCGUCACUCUGGAAGACCUCAAUGCGUAUACGAGUGAACUGCUACGAUGCAGGCACGUCAUGCUAUUCUACAAGGAACGUCUGAGGCUGUAUGAGGCAAUACUCCGGUGCGAAAAAUCGACGUAUGUAAAAGACGAGUACCAUCGACUCAGAAGCAACAGUAUUGUUCAUAGUGCUAUGGAAAUUGCUAAAGAAGGCCGCAUAGAAGCUCUUACUUGUCUAUGGCCGUACAUAAAGAGCCUGCCGAUGCAGCUGGCAGUGUUGGACAAAUUACCAGAGACAAUUUAUCCCUUGGACUACCAACAUUUGCUGCCUACAAAGGAACCGCUGACUUGGUUCGAGAAGAAAUCGCCUAUUAAGAUUCAGCCCUCGGAACAUGACAAUGAUUGGUGUAAGAAGGAGAUGUUUAGAUCAAUAUGGAGCUCAAACUGGUCCGAAGACUCAACGCCGGACACCGAAACGGCAACCAACAUAGACGAUGAUCUGGCCAUGUGGUACGACAAGCGUGCGAGGGAGAUAGAAGAGCGCAGCGCAUUAGCCUCUCACGCUCUAACCUUAGUGACCAUCGCCAAAGUGGGCGGGGCAGUGGAAAAUCUUGAUAACAUUAUGUUCCACCUUCUAACACUAGACACUUUGAUAUAUGACAUCAACGUGGAAGGCGUCUCCCUUGCUCAGCUGGAGAAAAUGUCCAACUUAGAAAUAUGCAAGUUGCUGAUGUCGAUGUCGACUCCAGAAACAUUCGUCUCGGAUUUGAAGAAAUACCUAAUCCCAUUCCUGAAGCGUUAUGAGUACUUAACGAAGCAAAUAGAGUACUGCAUAGUGGGACUUACGGAGUUCCUGGAGAGCAUAAGUGUAGACGAUCUCUCUUACAUACUGCUGGUGCUCCAGUCUCACAAGGACUUCGAACUGGACGUGCGAACUCACCUGGAGUUGGUGGAGAAGUGCCUGUUCGCACACCGGGGCAUAGAGCAACUCGACAUGGCGUGCGAUCUGCUGGAUACUAUACUGAAGGAGACCGACGGCAGCAUAUCGACGUCGUCGCUGCUGCGGCGCUGCGCCGAGCUGCAGCGGCUGGUGGCGGGCAGCGAGUGCCUGGCGUGCCGCGGCGUGCGGGUGCCGCCGUGCGAGCUGCGCGACCUCAACCAGGACGCGGCGCGCGCGCACCAGCUGCUCGUGCGCGUGGCGCGCGGGCACGCGCUCGCCGCCGCCGCGGGGGCAGAAAAACCGACACAACAGGAUUGGGAGAAUCUCCUCAAAGAUUUACUAGAACUGCGGACUACGCUCUUCGACUGCAUUACCACAGAACAAUGUUAUGAGAUAUACGUAUCGGCGCUGUUAACGUCGGGUGAAGCUUCAACGAUACGCCUCGCGUCAGACGUGCUGACGGUGUCGCCCGGAGCACGCGCGGUGCCCAACUCGCCGUACAAAAUAGAGUACAAACGUAGCGUGGAAAUAGUGUCUAACGCAGCUAAGGAGUACUUCAACUCGUCAUCGUCACUGAGUGAUCCAGCUUUAGAAUUAGCUAAAUGCUGUCUUAUGCUCAUCACUGAAGGCGACAGUGAAAUUGAAAAGGAGUUGGAUCUUAUAGCUGCUUUGCCGCUUUUGUCUGCGUGCAAUUUGGCUCUACUUCCAAUUCAAGUUCGCCUCUGCGACGACAGAAUGGAAUUGAUAGAGGAAUGCCUGAAAUCGGAUCCCGGCGCAUAUUUGGCGAGUCACAAACUACUGAAGCUGGCCAAGUUGUUGCGGAUCGCGGGAGACCAUGAGCAGAUGAGGGAGGGUCAGGUGCUGGUGGCGGUGGGGGAGCACGCGGUCCGUGCGGGGGCGGCGGGCGGCGUGGUGGCGGGCGCGACCGCACGGCGCUUGGCGGCGUUGCGGCACGCGCCCGCGGCCGAACUGCUGGCGCGGAUAGCGCGUCACCCGCACGCGCACGCCACUACGGCCGACAGGCGCCACCUGCUGGCGGCCGCGCUAACACUCGCGCCGCAGGAGAACUUGCACGAGAUGCUUAAAGCUAGAUUAAACCUGGAGCUGGAGGGGCUGAAACAAAUGGGUGCGGCUCUUCGGGAAAACAGUCGUCUAGAAGCGCGCUGGCCGUCCACCGAGGAAGAAUUCGCUGACGCUAUCACCACGCCUGUAAUAGAGAAAAAAGAUUUGGUAUCACCCUCGCAGGCAGAUAAGAGACCAUUGCUGAAUUACUUAAUGGAUUCCUUCCAAAACAAAUUUUCUCUAGGUGCCAAGUCCAGCAGUCCGGAACCAUUAGAAACCUCUGUCCAUUGCCAAGAGUUCUACAACUCGCUGUACCCAGAGCACGACGUGUCCGAAAAUUACUACUGCUACGAUCGGUUCUCCAUACCGGACGACCUUGACUGUCACGUGGGCGUCGGCCAGACUUUGCUCAAGUGGUUCUACAUACAGAACUGUUUGGAGAACGGGGACUCUAAAAAAAUGGAGGUUGAUGUGGUUCAAAAAUGCGCCCAAGAGAUCCUCUACAAGGAUACGCCACUGAGCAUAGCGUGCCUCCUUCGCUCGCUGGAGGACAACUCGCAAGCCGCGAAGCUCAUAGACGCGCAGUACACGGACGCUGCGGUUAGCGCCGCGCUGUACGCCACUCUGAUCAAGUGCAACUCGCCCGACUUGCGUGAUAAUGUCUACCUGACUAAGCCGCGGAAGAUGGCGUAUAUGACGUUGCAACAAAACAACGCUUCGGAAGAACAGAUGGCGAUUUUAAAGCAGUGCAUAGACAAAUUGUGCUGCAUGGGCGAAGUUCUGCAGAUAAGGAAAUUGGGACUCAAUGUCAAUGGUCUGUUCUUCAAUGCCGAUUCUGACUACAGGAAGGAUAUUAUUUAUCGUUUAGCCAGCACGGGUGGCACGGAACACACCAAGCUUGCUUGUUUGUUGGCAAACAAGGAUGGGUUAGAUACCAUAGAUGUGUGGUUGGAGUACGCAAAAAAAACCGAAGCGCGUCUCGAUCCCGACACGUUGCCGCGGAACGCUUUCAACGCAGAAGCAGUCAUUCGCAUUCGAGACACGCUAUGGCCCGAAAUAAGCGGCAGCAACCACGCGGCAAUCAUCGACCUGUUCACCUUGCUGAAGAACAUCGACGAUAAGGCGCAGAUGUACGGCCUCACUCUGGUGGAGCACAUCAAGUUGCUGAAGAAAGCCAAGGCCGCUUCACCAGAGUUAGACUACAAGCUUCUUGUAGAGCAGCCUUCAGUGGAGAGGUUCACAUCCCACAUUCUGGGUAUCAUCAAACCGGAAAACGUCGGACUACUGACUAAAUUUCUACGCACACUACCGCCCGCCUUUAAGAUACCCGUUUCCGUCAACUCUUUGUAUACCAUGUGGCUUACGAGAUACUUCUUCAGUGAGGGCAUGACUGGUGACAAGAAGUGGAUGCAAGCUUGGCGGCAAUGCGCCAGCUACUUCACCAAGUUGGCCAAGGAAGAGCUGGUCAAGUUAGUCGCUGCCACGUGUUUCUCUUCCGAUGCCUUAGAAAGAGUACCGUGGGCGACGCGGCAUUUGAUGAUAAUGCAAGCCGUGGACUACUGCCAACAGGAGCAGGAAAAUGACUUUAAGAUCAAUAAAAACGAACAAUCGUGGGCGCAAAUAGGGCAAGAGUUGACCCGCUGGGCACGUUUCCUGGAGAACUUCCACUCGUCCAGCGUGCAGGCGAUCGCUGAUGGGAGCGGCAUGCUUAAGAAGGAAUACUGGCCUGAUUUGGAGAUGAGUCACGGGGAGUUAGAUAUGGUAUCAUAUGCGCUGGCCCACAUCGUGUUGAACGGCCGAGUGAGGUCUUCGGGACUGACUUCGCUAUUGCAGUGCUUGCACGUCCCGCUGAGUACAGAGCAGGUUUUCGAUCGUAUGCAUCAGGAGACAGAGCAGGAUGAGGACCUCAUCGAAACGCUGAUAAUGCGAAUCACACAGUAUCACCAGGAGGGCGUUCAGUUCACCGAAGACUUUUUGGAGCGAAUAAUGCACCGAGCGACCGAGCUGGGUCUACCUCCGCACAAAAAACUGGGCCUCCUUACGUUGAGCCAGAAGGUCAGCGUCCAAGAGGGAGACGAUAUGCUCAAGAUCGCGCAAUCUACUGUCGACUUGUUCAAAACGGAAUGGUCUGACAAUCAGUACGCACAAACUUUGACAGAUGAGAAACUAUUGACGGUAGAAGGUCGACGGGAGGUGUUCUAUUCGUUCGUCAAUCUGUGCAACACGUGGCAAAGGAGAAAAGCGUUCGUAGACGUUCUCGCUUGUUGGCCGCCCACCGUGUGCGAGGGCCGCAGUCUACACUGCGAGUACUUGCGCGACUUGCUCACUGGCAACCUGGACCCGCACCAAAAGGUGUUCCUCAUAAAGAUGUUGCUGAGACGGCCGGUGCUUCGGGACGAGGAUAUAAAAUUGAUAGUGGAGAACGUGUCGAGCAGAACGGUCGUGAACACCAUGUGGGUGCUGUUGCUGAGUAAGUGCCCGUGCUCCGAGGAGCUAGUGUACAAGCUGAUCAGCCAGUAUAAGGACAAAAUACUGGAGAGAUACAUAGAAGAAGAUUUCAUAAAAGAAAUGCUAGAUCAAGGGAUGUUUUUGAAACUGGUGUCCACUCCACUUUAUGUGCCGGUGGUCAACUACAUUAUGAACAUCAAUGCCUCCGUCGGCGAGCCAGCCAGCCAGUACACCAUUGCUUGGGCAACCGCUGAACUGAUCAAAGCUAAUUUCUUAGCUGAAGCAGGCCAUCUGCAAAUGCUGUCUAUGGGAUAUCCAGCCGCGCUGCGAGGUUUCUCUCAAACGGUGCAAUAUUGCAAACAUUAUCUGAAAUAAAAUCUUUAUAUGAUCUUUCUCAAUGUCUACUUAUUAAAUGUAGCUGUUUAUUGUAUCAAUCGAAUUAAGUUAUUAAAUUAUUUAUGAUGACUA